AUGCCACCAGGGUUAAUCGGCAAAUCACUAUACAGUUUUUUCACACCAUCCUGUGUGCCACCACAGUUUAUAUUCAGAACACCAAUCAAAUUAAGCAAGCCUGGGGAACUUCGUGAGGAAUAUGAAAGCCUGAGAAAGCUGAAAGAAGAAAAGUUACAAGAGGAGAAAACUUCCGAAGAUAAAAUCCACAAGCUGUUACCAGAGGACACAGAAACAGGGAAAAGGAAAAUGGACGAACAGAAAAAAAGAGAUGAGCCAUUGGUACUGAAAACCAAUCUGGAGCGUUGCCCUGCGCGUCUCUCAGAUUCAGAGAAUGAAGAACCUUCCCGAGGCAAGAUGACACAGACACAUCGCUCUGCAUUUGUUUCUAAGAACAGCUCCUACUCCUUAGCUUUCCUGGCAGGGAACCUAAAGGUAGAAAGGAGUCAGAGCUGCAGUGACACUGCUCAGGACAGAACGAGGAGCAGACUCCGAGCAGCCCCAACCAGCAAAGCCAAGGUCACAACUAUAACCCCAACCUCCAACCCCAUCAUUGGUGUCCUCUUGUCCACUCAGAACAACCGCUGCCUCUCCGCCCCUGACUUGACCAUUGAAAAGCGUCUGCCCUUCAGCUCCCUCUCAUCCUUGGCUUCCCUGCAUAAGCCCGAGCGCUCCAUCAGCCCUGAGAGCAAUGACAGCAUCUCCGAAGAACUCAACCAUUUCAAGCCCAUAGUCUGCUCACCAUGUACUCCUCCCAAGAGACUCCCUGAUGGCCGUGUGCUAAGCCCCCUCAUCAUCAAAUCAACACCCCGCAACCUAAACAGAAGCCUACAGAAGCAGACUUCUUAUGAGGCCAGUCCACGGAUCCUCAAAAAGUGGGAGCAGAUCUUCCAGGAGCGGCAGAUCAAAAAAACCCUUUCGAAAGCCACCCUCACCUCCUUGGCUCCAGAAACAGGGGAAGACAUGCUCGUUUCUGAAGUUAUCCAUUCUAGCAAGGAGAGGCCACGUCUGGCUUUAAAUACAAGACUGUCCAGGGGGCAUGUGCUCUCUGAGUGUAUUGGACCUGCCCCCGCUGACCCGGAUUAUUUCCCCUCUGUUAGCCAAACAAAAGCACAACAGGGCAGUGACAGUAAAAGGAGCACUGAGAUCCCAUUGGAAACCUGCUGUUCUUCAGAAUUCAGAGCGGGAGCCAGUGGGACUUCUUUGAGAGAAAAGUUUGAAGUGUCAGGGUCAACCCCAGAUGCCAAGUUAGACAAAACUUGUAUAAGCACAGCCAUGAAAAUCUCGGUGAUUAAUUCAGUGCUGCCCAAAAACAGUGUUUCAGGUGGGGUCCUCAAAACAAAGAAACAGCUGCAGACAGUGAAUCAUUUUGAUCUGCCCAAUGGUGUCCUGGCAGACAACCUAGGUGAGGAGCCACUUCCUGCCUUGCGUCGGGGCCGGAAAAGACACUGUAAGACCAAGCACUUGGAACAAAAUGGGUCCCUUAAGAAACGGCGACAGAGCAGUGGUGAGUUGGGUCUGGCCCCAGCAGACCCAGUCCUGCGAGAGAUGGAGCAGAAGUUGCAGCAAGAGGAAGAAGACAGGCAGCUGGCUCUGCAAUUGCAGCGCAUGUUUGACAAUGAGAGACGGACUGUGAGUCGGCGAAAAGGAAGCGUGGAUCAGUAUCUCUUACGGUCCAGCAACAUGGCCGGGGCCAAGUAGCACCUCAUGAACAGUGUUACCUACUUUUAAGAGGUCUUUGUUUUGGGCUUGGUCAUUUAUACUGAAGAGCAGAGUGUUCUGACUUGGGGUUUUUCUUUAUGGCAAAACACCCCAAUGUGGUUCUGAGAGGUUCCAGGGCCUUUGUAGUCUAUAUCCAAGGGAACUGUGUGUCUGCUUCCCUGUGACCCAGGCCAGAAGCACCCCACCCCCUAGGUGACCCAGGCCUGAGGGCUUCGGGCCAAAUCUGGCAGCACCCACUUGGAAUGAGAUUCAGGAGCACAAUGGCCAGAGUUAGAAAUGGUAGUGGAAAGAGGGGAUACCUUCUCAACCGAUAGAUCUCUUGACUUCUUUUAACAGAGUGUAUUUUUAAAUUGGCCUUGCAGAUAAAAAUAAGUUCCAUCUUUUUCAAAGAAGUGGAACAGUAUAGUUCUUUGGCAGAUUCCAAAAGAUCAUGUUAGCCCUUCUCCUGACCCUUGCCACAAGUAAAUAUUCCUAAUGAGAUCAGUGAGUUUAUGCUUCUACAAAAGCUAAUUAACAUUCCCUGUUAAAAAGUAACAUUUGAUUAAUGCUAUAUAGUUGACAGACCAAUCAGUCAUUGUUGAACUUGGUCUUACCAGGAGACCUAACGUGUAAGUGGGACUAACCCUAUUUUUAGAUGAUGAAACUGCAGUGCAGGUGUUCAGGUUCUCUCAACUAAGUGGCUUAUCCCAGACUGACCACUGGGUCUCCUGACAACAAAUCCCAUGGAUUUUCCACACUAACAGGUUGUUAUAUGGACUACAACCCAAGGUCAUGCCAGGGGAGCCUAGGGGAAGCUGGCUAGGCAUUGAGUACCCAUUUUGCAAAAUCCACAUGCAGAUACUUGAGAUUGACUGGAACUAUAAACCUUUACUGUGCAAUUAGUCCCACCCCCCACAGUUUACAGCCUCCUUUUUUCCAGGCUGUGAGAUAAAAGACAGUUGGACAUCAUUAUUACUCUCCACGUGGCCAAGGGUUAUCUGCAAUGUUGAUCUAAAGUCCAAAAACUUUCCCCAGAAGUCAGGCAAGAACAAUGCUGAAACUCCAUACUAUGGAAAGGUAUCUAGCUGGAUGCAGCUGGUAAAUUCAGUCCCAUGGACCUUGGGGUUUAUUUUCCUUAGCAGCUGACACCAUGUGUCUUUGCAUCCCUGGUGGUGCUUGGUGCUUCUGCCCAUCUGGGCUCAUUGAGAAUAGGGAUUAAGAUGUGAUUUUAGGGAAUCUCAGAUGGGCUGACAUUCCCUGUGCAUGUAUGAGCUGUUACUAUAAAGUCACAUGACUGACAUUUAACAAAGCUUUCAGAGCUUAUAUAUCCCAAUGUAUGUUGUCCCCUUUGAGUGGCCCCAACAGGAUACUGCAUCGUUUUUCCAAUAAUGUUGCCAUUGGUGAAAACAUGUCUGGAACUGUCCUCAAAGUCUAGAAACAUCUGGAAACAUAGACUCCUAAAAUGUUAGAACUGGAAGGGACUUUAAUGGUUAAAUAUUCCAACUUCUUCCUUUUAUUCAGGCAGAAGCUAAGAUCCAGAACAAUGACUCACUGAUCAGGGUCACUAGGGAUUUACUCUAUCCCCUUAUUUUGCUUCUUCUCAGGAGUCUUGUCUCCCUUCUCUGAGAAAAUCUGUAAUCUUUUAGGGAUCUAGGAGAGAAAAUUUUAAAUUUCAAACUAGUCAGAAGCUAUUGAAACCUCUGGAAGAGAAGGUGGGAUAACAAGGAGGUUUGGAAUCAUAAAUGAGGUGCACCUUUAAAGUCACUAGAGCCAUUUUGUGUGCAGCUCACAAACAGUUCCCAGAGAUAAGUUCCAGAGAUGUCGUGAGCAUUUUGGUGAUCAUUGUGAUAUGUGGAACCUCCUCAGUGACUGCUUUGGUGGGGAGUAUCACUCACCUGAAUGUAUGUAUCCUGUGUUCUCUGUGCGUACACACAUGCAGAUGUGUGUUUAAAAAACACAUCAGUCUCAUUACUUUAUAUUCACACCACUUCAGUUCUAGGUCCUACCAGCAACAUAUGCCCUCCAAAGGCUGCUGGAGGGCACAUUGGUGCCCAGGAUAGAAGAGCUGGCACUGGUCUGCAGAAGACAGAGAGGGUGACUUACUAAAUGCCCACAGAGAAAACACCAGUUACUGCUGUUUCAGUUAGUUCCUUUUUGAUCUUAGUAUUAUUGGGAGGCUAAUCUCAUUGACAGUAGGAAAGACUUAUUUUUCCACUUGCCACUUUUUUCUAUAUCUCCGAUAAUUCGAAAAAUACUUUUCAGUUGGAACUGAUUUUUGUUUUUGGAAAAAAAGAUAAAUAUUUUUAAUAGAAAAAAAUAUAUUUUUUAAAUAUUUCCCCAGAGUAAUACUUUCAUUUUAAGAAAUUACAUAGUAGUAGCAACAAGUUUUAGCUUCAGGUGCAGAGUGAAAAGCUACUUGUUGGUAAGAGAAUAUUCCAAAUUAUGGAUCCAGCUUACUGACUUUCCCCCUUAGCCCUGCUGUGGUGCCUACAAUGGUAUUGACAGUUGUUGUUUCCCAUACUUCCAGCUGAGCAGUAGUACUUCAAAUAUAUGCAAAGCAGUUUAGGUUAGGGAGGGAUGAGGCUUACUUUUUAAUGUGCUUGGCUUUGGAGGAGGCAAAAACCACUAAGGUAUUAUCUGUAUUUUAAGAUUCUUCCCAUACUUAAUAACUAAAACCUGAACACUUUUUCUUUCUGAAAAAUUUCCCCUCUCCUGUUGCUUGGUUGUGAAGUUGAUCACAUAUGGAGUUGUUGACAUGGAUUCUUUGGAGAAAAAGAAAGACAAGGUAGGGAAAUAGAAUAAUGGGGAGGGUUUAUCAGCUAGAAUGAGAGAUGCACUAUUUCACAAAGCAAACAUAUUUAUCACAAAUCAUUGGAAUCUGAUUCACCAUACAAAUUUCUCAUGUCCUACUAUCUUUGUUUCGUGUGUAUAUGCACUCUUUGUUUUUUCUUAUUAAAGGGGAAGUUAUGAAGGAUGGAGGUCAUUCUGAUGGGAAAUCUAAGCAAUGUGGUGCCCUGAGAAGGGGGCUCUUAGCCCUUUUCCUUGGAGUGGGAAUGACACUUGGGGACGCGUUCCUGCCUCUGUUGAUUGUAUCUGUUGGAAGAAGUCAUCUGGGCCUGUUGGGUUGGUGUCAAAUCAGGGUAGUAUGUAUCCAGCCCUUGGCCCCUUUCAUGUAAUUGCCUCUUUUUAAAAGGUUAAUUCUUUUUGGCUGAGGCUUCCCAGGAAAACCUUUUGUAAGUGGCUUCAUUUAUUUUGUAAAUUUAAUUUUAAAAUUUUUGCCUGGAGAGAGCACUGGUGAUGAAUGCCUUCUCUCUGCGCUUUUUGUUCAUUUUCCCUAAAAAGCCCUUAAGAGAUUAAAGCUGCUUAAUUAAUUGCUGUAUGAUUACAAACUGACUAAAAUCGGAAGCUGCCACUGUGCUUGACUGGUGAAGCUGGUGACCGAAGGCUGUGCUGUUGUUCAUCCUUUCUGUUCCAUUUGAUGACAUUGGCUGAGCUUCGAACUUGUGCCCACUUGUGCUGGGCUGUGGAGAUACAAAGAUGGGAAGGACAGUCUCUGCUCUUGUGGAGCUCCGUGUCUAAUGGAAUGUAUUUGAAUGUAUAUGUGGCUGGAGAGUUUGUUAAUGGCCUCAUGAAAGGCCACUUCUUUCAUAGAGAUGAUCUUGGAUGGUGCCAUUCAAGAUACUUUCUAGCACCAAGCAGGCUGCCUUGAACAUUUUAGAUAUUCCCAUCAGUAUUUGUGAAUGUGAUUGCAACACUGCUUUCCACUUCCUAAGUAAUUUUGCCAGAAGAGAAUGAAUUUUAUCCUCCAGUGAUCAUAGGACAAUAAAGAUCUCUUCAGAA